UUACAUAAAUUUUUAUUUUCUCUUUUUCUCUUUUUCUCGUCUGUGCCUUCUAAUUCCAGUGGUGUCCUUGUGCGUACACACUACUUCAACGUCUGAGACCUGGAAACCGAACCAUCAAUUGCACCUUACCAGACAAUAAACCUCCGCGACGCCAAUCACGACUCGAGAAUCUUUUUGGUGUCAGGGCCGCCAUCCGUGCACUUUUAGGGGUCCAUCACCCCACCCCUAACUACUUCAGCGAGGUCGGAUGAAGAAGUCGCGAGGUUGCGCUCCCUCGGACAUAAGAGCAAAGUACGGUGAAAAUGAAUUCUCCGAGUCAAAUAUCGUUUCUUGAGGGAACUUUCAGCCUCGUUCACAUUCCUCUCGGGCUAUACCCGAUAUUCCUGCAACCAAUUCUUCAGGUUCUGCUACCCCAAGGCGGCACGGACAACGCGGAUGAAUAUGUGGAGGGAUUAAGUAUAGACAACAAGCAUGGGUUCCUCAACAUCAGUAUAACCCCUGUGGAGUGCUCGGUGGUGUGCCACAAUAACUGGGCCAAGAAAGUGUUCGAACCGGUCAUCAGAAACCUCCCGCGGGAUGUGUCUAAGACGGUCGCCAUCUCCAAAGACUCAUACCUGAUUCUGUCGGUUAUCAGUGCUGGGAUGGAUGCGGGGAGCCGAGUCAUGGAGCUGACAUCGCCCCUUGCGCUGGCUGGAAUCCCCAUUUUCUUCAUCACGACAUACUAUUCGGACUUCAUCUUGGUUCCCACAAAAGAUCGGCAGACUGUGGUACAGGCACAUGCCAGAGGCCCGAGUGUUACCACCCAGCCUCCCUCGACACCGCCCCCUUCCAAUGUGGCCGAGUUGCAAGUACGGACUUUUGAGCUCCUCAAGAAGCGCGAUGUGGUUCCCCACGUCGCAGACGGCCUCAUUCUUGUGAACUGCUCUGGAAGGGAUGUGGACGCGACGCAAAUGAGCGACUUCGGCCUGCGACCCGCAACCAGCAGGCGCGGCACAAACAGCAACGGUCAUCGUCGCAGCUGGCUCGACAACGUCGACACAAAACUGUACACCAGUCUUAUUGCCGUCCUCGUCACGUACCCAUACCCUAGAUUUCUCUCCAUGACGCUCGCGCACGAGGAUCCACCUUCCCUGCUUCUGGACAAAUCCCACCUCUCGGUAUUUGGUGACUCACUAGUCGGAGACACGGACGGCGACCUCGUGCCCAUAUUUCUGGAUCUUGAGAACCUUCCGCUCGAGGCAACAGGCAUCGUCUGCGGUAUCGCGGGGAAACUCGUAUCAGAGAUGCGCAUGGCAGAGACUGGCGUCAGUGGGGAGCUCUCUUACCUUUCGACGGCCCGAGCGGGUGCUGUUAUCUUGUCGUGCGAGCAGUCUAUGAAGGCGCUCGAGGUCUUGAGGCCUCUUUUGGUCAGAGAAUGAGCAAAGUCAAGACAAGCCGCCUCUUAUACGACACACCGAGCCCAUCUUAGGAUGGUCGGAAAGGAUGGGAUUCAUACGAGCCACGGGAUAUUCUAACGACUAUUACCCCUCUCGCAAAACAGAAUUAAAAAAAAUUGGCGUUGUAAUGUGGAAGUGGAUAAGUAACGAGCAU